AUGAGACCCUACCCUACCUAGAUAUUUCCAGGAAAUUUCUUCCACUUCCCUACCCUUUUUUCCUCUUUGAAGAAGAAAGUAAAGAAGCAACUUUUAGUUUCAAUAACAAUAAUUCUUUUCUAUCACGCUCAGAUUUCCUUCCUAAUCCUUGAUCCGUGCUGUGCGGCAAUAAGAUUUCAGAGCUGAUCAUUCUUUUUUUAGGGGUGGCCUGGUGUUAUCAUUCAGGAAGCUAUAGUUAUGAAUUAUCCACCAGAAAAGCUUGUGAGGUUCCAGGACUGGAAUUCAGGGCGAAGCACUGAAGGACGUUAUUCUGAUAAUAAUUGGAUAAAUUCGGGGAAAAUUAGAUUCACAAUAAAUUCCUUUUCAGAAAAGUUACAAAGAGGGGUUGAAUCUGGUUCUGAAAGGUUUAAAGGGAUUAGAAGAUCAUUUAAAUCUUGUUCUUUUAACCGUGGGUUUGGGUCUAGUAAGAAAGUUCUUGAUCCACAGGGGCCGUUUCUUCAAAGGUGGAACAAGAUAUUUUUAUUAUCUUGUAUCAUAGCAGUCUCAAUUGAUCCUUUAUUCUUUUAUGUCCCAGUGAUAAAUGAUGAUAAGAAGUGCCUUGUUUUGGAUGAAAAGAUGGAGAUCACAGCCGGUGUGCUGCGCUCAUUCACAGAUAUCUUUUAUAUAAUCCAUAUUAUUUUUCAAUUUCGUACUGGGUUCAUUGCGCCUUCUUCUCGUGUAUUUGGAAGAGGCGUUUUAGUUGAAGAUUCAUUGGCAAUAGCAAAGAGGUAUCUGAAAUCAUACUUUGUAAUCGAUGUUCUAGCAGUUCUUCCCCUUCCACAGGUGGUGAUUUUAAUUAUCAUACCCCAAAUGAGAGGGUUGAAGUCGUUGAAUACAAAGAACUUGUUGACAUUUAUUGUUCUCUUCCAAUAUCUUCCAAGAGUUUUUCGAAUAUAUCCACUGUAUAAGGAAAUUACAAGGACUUCUGGCAUACUAACUGAAACUGCAUGGGCUGGAGCUGCGUUCAAUCUUUUUCUUUACAUGCUAGCAAGCCAUGUUUUUGGGGCUUUUUGGUACUUGUUUUCUAUUGAAAGGGAAUACACAUGCUGGAAAGACGCCUGUAGGAAUAAUACUAAAUGUAACCCCCGUUCAUUUUACUGUGAUGGUGAUUCUUCUUUUAGCAUGUUUCUAAAUCAGUCAUGCCCGAUACAAACACCCAACACGACUCUUUUCAAUUUUGGGAUUUUCCUCAAUGCCCUUCAAUCUGGUGUUGUGGAGUCAGAAAAUUUUCCAGAGAAAUUCUUUUACUGUUUCUGGUGGGGCCUGCAGAAUCUAAGUUCUCUGGGUCAGAACCUUGAAACUAGUACCUAUGUCUUUGAAAUCUGCUUUGCAGUUUUCAUUUCAAUCUCGGGCUUGGUUCUGUUUUCAUUUCUCAUUGGAAAUAUGCAGACAUAUUUGCAGUCCACAACUACCAGGUUGGAGGAGAUGAGAGUAAAAAGGCGUGAUGCAGAACAAUGGAUGUCCCAUCGCUUACUACCUGAGAAUCUGAGGGAACGAAUUAGGCGAUAUGAACAAUACAAAUGGCAAGAAACUAGAGGAGUUGAUGAAGAGAAUUUACUUUGUAAUCUCCCCAAGGACCUAAGAAGGGAUAUAAAGCGCCAUCUUUGCUUGGCUCUGCUCAUGAGAGUGCCAAUGUUUGAAAAAAUGGAUGAGCAAUUACUGGAUGCAAUGUGUGAUCGUCUCAAGCCGGUUCUCUACACAGAGGAGAGCUAUAUUGUUCGGGAGGGAGACCCAGUUGAUGAGAUGCUCUUCAUCAUGAGGGGCAAAUUGUUGACCAUGACAACAAAUGGUGGAAGAACUGGCUUCUUUAAUUCUGAAUACAUUGGGGCAGGGGAUUUUUGUGGAGAGGAACUUCUCACCUGGGCACUAGAUCCCCAUUCUUCGUCAAAUCUCCCUAUCUCAACUAGAACUGUCCGAGCUCUUACAGAAGUUGAAGCUUUUGCUCUGGUGGCUGAUGACUUGAAGUUUGUUGCUUCUCAAUUCCGCCGGCUUCACAGUAAGCAGCUGCGCCACACUUUUAGGUUUUAUUCACAGCAGUGGAGGACUUGGGCAGCUUGUUUUAUACAAGCUGCUUGGCGCCGCUACAGCAAAAAGAAACUUGAAGAAUCUCUUAGAGAAGAGGAGGACAGAUUGCAAGACGCUUUAGCCAAUGCGAGUGGGAGUUCACCAAGUCUGGGUGCAACCAUUUAUGCCUCACGGUUUGCUGCCAAUGCACUACGUGCUUUACGGCAAAACCGUAGCCGUAAAACAAGAGUGCUGGAGAGGGUUCCACCUAUGCUACUUCAGAAGCCUGCAGAGCCUGAUUUUACUGCUGAAGAACAAUAGGCAGGUUUAUUUUAUGUAAAAGUUUGUGUGAGUAGAUUAGGAACUCUCAACCCUCCACUUAAUAGGAAAUGUACGAAUCUUGGCGGAAAGUUGCCAAUUGUUGAGUAUGAGGUCUGUAUAUGAUGUAUAUAUCUCUCUCUUCAAAUUUUCCUUGUUUUGUUCCUUGGUUUUCAGUAAUGUCCAAUUUGUUUUAGCAGUUAUUACAUAA